AUGCUGCCACCGAAGCUGCUGUUCGUGUCCAUGCUGGUCUUCCUGCUGACCGCGGUCUCUACGGCUCCUGUGGAGGAGAAGGAGCAGGAGGAGCUGGAGGCUGCCGAGGAGGGCGAGGGGGAGCUGUCUGAGGAGGAGGAGGAUGAUGAUGACUCCAAGAGUCACGAUAGGAUUGAGGGGGCUGUUGGCGUGCAGCAGACCACCGCGGUGGCGGCGGUGCCGGUGGCAGCCGGAGGUUCAGGUGUGUCGUCCAUCAUUCAGGAUGUGAGUGGUUCUGAUGGGGUCGACUCGGAGUCCAACGUUAACGGACAGAAGCUGCUGAACGGAGGAGGAGGAGGAGCUGGCAGUCAGACAGGUGUUUCUAGUUUGUUUGGGGGCGGAGCUUCUCCCUUGGAUUAUACAGGAACCAUCGACCCGGCCAGCCAUGACUUCCUGCUCAGCCUGAUGGGUGGAGGUGAUCCAUUCAGACCAGGUGUUCACAUCAACAUCCCAGGUGAUGUGACUCCGCCCACUCAGCUGGACUUCACAGUGAUGGCUUCAGGUGUGACAGCAGCUCCGUCUGGCUCCAGUCUGGACUCACCUUCAGAUUCUGCUCACCACUCUGACAUCAGCAUCGACCAAUCAGCAUCAGACCACGCCCCUCUGAGCUCAGGGCCUGACCAAUCACUGUCCAGCACUCAUUCUGUCUCAGGCUCCUCCCACUCUGAUGCAGUUUCAUCAUAUUCAUCACACAGUGAAGCUCACAGAGCUCAGACAGAUGGAAACGACUCUUCAGACUUUAAUGGUAACGGUCGACAGACUCUUCUGACAGACUCAAACACAGCUGAUCACACAUCCACAGGUGUUACGAUGAUGUCAGCAGGGGGGGUGGAGCCAGUGACCGGAUUUCACAUUGACCUGACAGCUUCAGGUAUCGGCCAUGAUGUCACAGAGUCGUCCCCUGUCGUCCUCCACACAGAGACAGACAGCUACACAGUUUCAGGUGGUUACUCCCACACAGACGGGGUUACCAUGGCGACAGACUCCACAGGGCCAGUUUCAGCCGAUCCGACGGGAACGCCCCCUGACUCCAGUCAUCCUGCGGUGACGGACAACACACACACGGCUGGUUCAGUCACUGAACAGUACAACCCAUCUGGUCAGGGUCCUGAAGGUGCAGAAAAUGUGGAACUGGAGGAUACCUGCUGACUUCCACAUCAAGCCGCGAGUUCGAUUCCUGCGAUACCGAUUCCAGUGUACUGACCAAUCAGCAUGGCCCCGGAGAGCAGACCCCUCCCACUAGCUGUAGGCCCCGCCCCCUGAGCGCCAGCGGCUUGAUGUUUGUUUUUAAAUAUUUAAUACGUUUUGUUUAUAGACGUUUAUUUUGUUGUAGAGAAAUACGAAUAAAGUUUCAUCUGAGUCGCCUUGACUCGAUGACAUCAUACAGGAUGUGACAUCAUCGUCACCGUCACAACUGGUGGUUUUAAACUUCCACAAUAAAAGAGUUUAUAUGUUUUAAACUUUCACAAUAAAAGUGUUUGUCUGUUUGAAC